AUGGUGCUGUCGGAACGUCAACGGGACGAAUUACACCAGGCGAUAGCAGACUACCUUCGUUCGAAUGGUUAUGAACAAGCUUUGAAUGAGUUUAAGCGGGAAGCUAGCCUGAAUCCCAACAUUGAAACUAAAUUCGCAGGCCUGCUAGAAAAGAAAUGGACUUCUGUUAUCCGUCUUCAGAUGAAGGUAAUGGAUCUCGAGUCGAAGUUGGCAGAGGCUGAGCGUGAGAACAAACAGCUGCAGACCAGUGUAGGCUACGGGCCGGUGGGUGCAGCACCGGGUUCCGGUCUCCCCGGUCGCGGCGGUGAUCGUCGUGGUGGGGUCGAUGCUAUCCCCCGGCCGCCCGCUAAAUAUACUCUUACUGGACAUCGAUCGACUGUCACUAGGGUCAAGCUCCAUCCCCACUACAAUGUUUUUGUCUCUGCCAGUGAGGAUGCCACUAUUAAGGUGUGGGACUACGAAGCGGGUGAGUUUGAAGCGACGCUGAAGGGUCACACGGACGCGGUGCAAGACGUGGGUUUCGACCCCUCGGGCAACCUACUCGUCUCCUGCUCAGCCGACAUGCAGGUGAAACUGUGGGACUUUACUACGUAUACGUGCAUCAAAACCCUCUCUGGGCACGACCAUAGUGUAUCCAGUGUCUGCUUCUUGCCCUCCGGUGACUUUCUCGUCAGCGCCAGUCGAGAUAAGACAAUUAAAAUCUGGGAGGUCGCUACUGGGUAUUGUGUGAAGACACUGACGGAACACCGUGAGUGGAUCCGGUGUGUACGACCGAAUCCUGAUGGUAGUCUACUGGCAAGCUGUUCCAACGACCAAGAGGUGCGGGUAUGGACGAUGGGCGGCAGCGCUCGUGAUUGCAAAGCUCUCGCUGUGCUGCAUGGUCAUGAGCAUGUGGUCGAGUGUGUAGCCUGGAUGGGGCCAAGUAACCCUCAGGCCGCCAAGGACAUUGCUGCUGCCGCUGACAAAAGCGAAAACGGAGCCUUUCAGCAGCAACAGGUGAAUGGUGAUAUUGCCUCCAUCGGCAGCACUACAUCUGAUGAUGCGCCCAUCAUUUUGGCCUCUGGUGCUCGUGACAGGCAAAUUUGCAUCUGGGACGUUAGGGCUGCCACUUGCCUUUUCAUACUGACUGGGCACGACAAUUGGGUGCGUCAGUUGGUCUUUCAUCCACACAGCAAAUACUUACUCUCGGCGUCUGAUGACAAGACAGUUCGCGUGUGGGACUUAAGAAAUCGUCGCUGUCACAAGACUCUCGAGGCGCAUUCACACUUUGUCACUACGCUGGAUAUUCAUCGAACAGCUCCCUUCCUCAUUACGGGCAGUGUUGAUCAGACGAUUCGAGUAUGGGAGUGUCGUUGA